AUGGCGCUGACUCCACGUAGCUCGUCGCCCGCCGCCUCAUCGCCAAACUCGCUAGGAUCCGACGCCAUGGACGAGUCGGAUUCAGACCGCGACGAUGACGUACCAGAGCGCGCUGCAGAUGUUCCCUACCCCCUAGAGGGCAAGUACAUCGACGAGGCAGACAAGCGCCACAUCCUGGGCUUGUCACAACUGGACCGUGAAGAGAUUCUGGGCCAACGCGCCGAGGAGAUGAGCAGCGCCAACUUCAAGGCCGAGCUCGCCAGGCGCGCAGCAAAUGUCCAGAACGACCGGAAGCGCAAGGCUAGUUCCGAAGACGCCGACGAGCGUAAGAGCAGUCGUCCAAAGGUACAGCCGCGGAAGAACGAGAAGCUCGAGGCAUACAAGCGUGAGCGUGAGCAGCGCGGUCAGCAGCGGCAACGGAACGACGACCGACGCAGUGGCCGCAGGCGGUCCAGCUCUGCCGAUCGAGACGGUGGCUCAGACGUCGAUGCUGAUGGUGAGAGCGACGUCGAGUGGGACGACCGCGUGCCAGAAAAGGCCCGCGAAGAGGUGCCUGCCACCCUUCGUGAUUUCGAGUCCGUUCGUGUUGGUCGAGGAUUCUUCUCAGAAGUCUGUUUCCACCCAGGUUUCGAAGAGGCCAUGACUGGCGCAUUUGGACGUGUUGGUGUGGGCCAGGAUGCUCAACGCAGGACCCUGUACAAGAUGGCGCAAAUCAAGGGUUUCUCAGCUGGCAAACCCUACGUUUUCGAAGGAAAAGACGGCAAGCGCGUCGCGACGGACCAAUACGUCAUCGCCCAACACGGCUCCGUGAAGAAGGACUACCAGUUCCAAUUCUUGUCGAACCAGCGCUUCAGCGAAAGCGACCUCGACGCAUACCGCCAAUCUCUUAUAGAGGCCAACGCCAAGGUUCCCACACAAUCCUUCCUCCAAAGGAAAUACGACGACCUCAAGGCUCUGCAGAACCACCACUGGACCGAUGCCGACAUCAGCGCACGUAUCGCCAAGUCGAAGAAGUACGCACAUCUCCUUAACCGCUCCAACUCGGAUGCCCAGCCCAAGAUUGCGACACAGUCAGAAACAGCGGCCGCACGUAUCGCCGAGUUGAACCGCAAGAACCGCAUCCUAGAAGCUGAGCGUGUCCGCAAAGCACAACUUGACCAACAGCGUCAGAAGAAGAUGGAGCAGAAGAAGGAGAUGGCCCGGCGGAAAGCAGAAGAAGAGGCCAGGAAGGCACAAGAAGAGGAGGCGGCCAGGAAGAACAACAACCUGGACGUCGAUGCGCUGUUUGACGGCGACGCUUCGAGCCGAGCAAGCACACCGAACCCACAACAACAACCGCAAGGCAAGAAGAAGACCGAGCGGAAAGGACUACCGACAUUUAGAAAACCCAAGAUGGAUGACGAUAUCAUUGCUAACAUGGACAUUGGCAUGGAUAUUGAGAUUUGA